GAAGCUGCAAUGGAGGUUGGGUUUCCCCAACCAUUUAAUCCCCCCACUUUCUUCCCUCUUUCCCCUCAAUUUCUUUCAUCUUCCCAAAUUCAUUUCUAUUAUCCAUUCCUUUGCUUUCCACCUUCAUUCUCACCAUGAAACUCAUCAACAAACUUAGCCCCAAACGUCUAUUUCGAUCUAACAAAAACAAUUCAUCCAACGUCUCCAAAUUCGACCCUUCAUCGUAUAGUUCGGCUUCGGCUACAUACUCGUCCUCUUCUUCGUCGGAAUCCGUCUCUUCAGUUCACGAAGGAAUCCAGUACCCUCCAUCGGCCACCGUUGGCACCGGAACACCCACCAGCGUUUUGCCCGAAACAUCAGGUGACUGGUCUGAUUAUCCCGCUGAUUUGUAUCUACAACUUUCCCAAGCUUUCAAAACGGUAGAUAAAGAUAACGACGGGGUUAUUACGAGAAGCGAGCUGGAGGAUUUGCUGAGCAAGUUCUCCAGGGAGCCGCCGAGCCAAGAGGAGAUUUCGUCCGCGCUGAGCGAGAUGGAUCGAGACGGCGAUGGUUGCAUCAGCCUGGAAGCUUUAGCGAGCCAGGUGGCCGGAUCGGGUUGCGACGAACCGGCUUGCGAACCGGAGUUGAGGGAGACUUUUGACAUAUUCGAUUCGGAUCACGACGGGAGGAUCACGGCGGAGGAGUUGAUGGCGUUCUACAGGGAGAAAAUAGGGGAUGAGAAGUGCACGAUAGAGGAUUGCCGGCUCAUGAUCGCGAGUGUUGAUAAGAAUGGAGAUGGGUUCGUGUGCUUCGAGGACUUCUCCAGAAUGAUGGGAGUUGCAGAGAUGAUCAUAUGAUUAUAACAUUUGUCAUCUGAAUUGCGUGUUUGAUAAUCAUGUGAUGAGGUUAUGCUCGGAGUAAAAAAAAAGGAUAUUUAAGUUUUCUAA